AGUAACACAAUAGAGAAACUUCCCGUGCUUGGUCAUAUUUAUUUCGCCAAUAACUUCGUACAUACUUAGGCCUACAAUUCUCUGUUACCAGUUUCAGUGAACUUUAUAUACCGGGCUCUCCUUUGAAAUUAAAAGUCUACCUUGAAGACCAAUUUGCGUUUUGUUUUUUACUAAAUUAAACCCCAUCGUCAAUCAUGAUCAGACUGGAUGAUAUUUUGGUGCAGAUCGGCGAGUUCGGGCCUUAUCAGAAGAGGGUUUUUGCGAUUGUCUGUAUGAUUUAUUUUACCGCUUCAUGGCAGUCGAUGGUCGCCGUUUUCAUGGCGGCAUCAGUGGACCACUGGUGUGCGGUGCCGCAAUGGGACAAUUUCAACUGCAGCGCGGCCGGUCUCAGCGAACAAACAUGCAUGCUCGCCAUGAAGAACGCAAGCAUCCCUGCCAACUACACGAACGACCACCAACUCGUCUAUGAGCAAUGCGUGAAAUACAACGUUUCUGGGGAGGCUUUCAGUCCGGAAAUCGACCCGGUCCACGACCCCGGCUUGCCGACAUCACAAGUCAUUGAAUGCGACAGCGGAUGGGUGUACGACAAAAGUCAAUACAAAUCGUCCAUAAUCACAGAUUUUGACCUGGUAUGUGGAAUGGAAGAUCAGACUCAAAUACCCCAGUCAGCUUACUACGGCGGUUACCUAGCUGGCUCAAUAAUCAACGGAACAUUGGCAGAUAUGGUUGGACGAUGGUGGAUACUAAUGGCAAUGAUGUUUGUCCGGCUUAUCGCGGGGACAGCUAUAGCAUUCUCAUCCAACUUCUGGGUCUUCACUUUCCUGCGGUUCUUUCAGGGAUACGCUGCUAUCUCUAUCUACAUCAUUGCCUUCAUUGUAGGAAUUGAGUUCGUCGGGCCAUCGAAACGUAACAUCACCGGUAUUAUCUUAUCGAUCCCUUAUGCUCUCGGCUACAUGUGCCUCGCGGGCAUUGCCUACUUCGUACCAUACUGGAGGACUUUAGAACUGAUUUGCGUCUCCCCGGCACUUAUCUACAUUGGCUUGAUGUUCUUUCUUCCUGAGUCGGUGCGCUGGCAAAUAUCGAUGGGAAAGUAUGACAAGGCGGAGAAGACUCUAGUGAAGAUUGCCAACUCUAACAACAAGCCCCUUUCAAGUCCAUUCUUCAGCAGUGAUUUCAGGAAAGAACAAGAGGCCGCACCGAAGGAGAAACGAGCUACAGGAAUAGAUCUAUUCCGCCUGCCUCGAAUGAGACUAACUACCAUCAUUCUUAUCUUUAACUGGAUGGUGAAUGCCAUGGUGUACCACGGACUAUCAAUAAACACCUCCAACCUCGGUGUCAACGACUACGUCGCCUUCGCAGUGUCAGGAGCCGUCGAGAUCCCCGCUUUCCUUCUCGCUGUGGUCGCCGUAGAGAUCAAGUUUAUUGGACGAAAGAUUAGUCUCAGUGCGUGCAUGUUGGUCGGCGGUGUCGCUUGCCUCUUUACAACUUUCAUACCACCCGGAGCAGCACUCACAUCAGUUGCAAUGAUUGGUAAAUUUGGAAUUUCGGCAUCUUUCACCAUCCUGUAUUUGUACACCGCUGAGCUGUACCCAACCAAAAUCAGGAGCGUGGCCAUGGGAACCUGCUCGAUGUUUGCACGUAUCUCCGGCAUCAUGGCGCCCCUUAUACUCACACUGGCCAAUAUUUGGAGUCCACUACCCCUCGUCAUCUACGGGUCCGUCACAGUGAUCGCUGGCCUCCUGACUCUCUUCCUCCCCGAAACGUUAGGCCAGAAGCUCCCCGAGACGAUCGAAGAAGGCGAAAAUUAUGGAAUGGAAUCUGACGAGAAGAACACCCUUUCCGGUAAAAAUGGCGUCUACAUUCGCUGCCAGGACGAUGAAGAGGUCACCAUCAUAGAUUAAGUUAAUCCUUCAUUUAAUUGUCAAGAUGAGAAUGACCUCGGCAAAUGGGAGAGUGACGUGCGAGACGAUCUACCGGAAUAACCCUAGAAAAGUACUUUCGCCAAAAAGCGUUGUACAAAACGAUAAAUCGGAAUGACGAAGUACUGUUAACACGAUAACAAACACGUUCGAGAAAUAAACGUAAGGGGAAUGUCAAUAUCAUAUUGUGCAUCCAACGUAUAUCAUGUUUUGGGUGAUGUGAUACGUUAUUGUCACGCUGGCUGCGAUGUUUACACAUUUUGAAUAAAUGACGGAGAAGCUUAUCGAAAUUGCACAUAAACAAUUGUAUUAGAUGUAUUUUUCGAAAGUCUUUGCGAUUGUCUGUGUCCAAUGAUACGUUUUACGUUGUUGUUAGUUAGGGUACAGUAUCUUUGUUUGAAUUUUCAGAUUCAAUUCCCUCACAAUCUCUAACUAGAGUUGUUAACCUCUCGAUGAAAAUCAGUUUCUUUCCCCACAGUAGAAUUAUACUUAUAUACGAAUUUUUAAUUGGAUAAUUUCCAUUGACUGAAACAAAACAUGGAAGGCUGAAGCAAUGCUAAACACAGCGAUUAACAGUGUGGAAAUACUCUUCAGAUCAUAGAUUUCAUGUCCUUUUCCCCGAAAAAAAAUUGUGAAUUAAAGUUUACUCUCAUAGAAUCCAAAAAAAGAUGGCAUAAUUGCCACAGUACGAGAACCAAUCGACCGACCACCUUGUUGACAAGGGGAAAACGUAUUAUCUAUCUCUCUAUCUCUCCCUCUCACUCCUCUGUCUCUCUCUCUCUCUCUCUCUCAC